GGAAGGGCGGCAGCUGCCACCGCCGAGAGAGGAGCCAGCCGCGGCGCAGCAGCGGCAGCAUCCCUGGCAGGAGCCCCGACGCCCGCGGGGCCCGGCUCCCUCCCGGCCGGCUGGGCGGCGAUGGCGGCGGGCGGCAAGCGGCGAGCGGGCCGCCGGGCGUAGGGCGCGGGCGGCGGCGGGGUUGAGCCGGGCCGGGUCCCCCCCGCCCCGCAUGGCGCGGGCCUGAUGCCGGAGCGCGGCCCGGCGCCGCGGCGGCGCUGCGGGAGGAGGAUGGCGGGGCUGGCGUGGAAGUGGCCGCGCACCCGCCUGCCCGUGGGGGCCAGCGCCCUGGGCGUCUUCGUGCUCUGCUGGCUCUACAUCUUCCCCGUCUACCGGCUGCCCGACGAGAAGGAGAUCGUGCAGGGGGUGCUGCUGCAGCAGGGCAAGGCGUGGAGGAAGAACCACACUGCGGUCGCCCUGUUCAGGAAACUGCUGGAAGAAUGCUGUGACCCUGGGCAGCUCUUUUCUAUGACAAAAUUGAACUCCCCGAUGGGAAAGAACCUCUGGUUUGAUGGGGAAUUUUUAUAUUCUGUCACUAUCGACAAUGCGACUUACUCUCUCUUUCCACAGGCUACUCCCUUCCAGCUGCCACUGAAGAAAUGCUCUGUGGUGGGAAACGGUGGGAUCCUGAAAAAGAGCGGCUGCGGCAAACAAAUAGAUCAAGCAGAUUUUGUCAUGCGGUGCAACCUUCCUCCUCUAUCCAGUGAAUACAGCAAGGACGUUGGAUUGAAAACACAGCUGGUGACUGCAAAUCCCAGUAUAAUUCAGAAAAGGUUCCAGAAUCUGCUGUGGUCUCGAAAAGCAUUUGUGGAUAGCGUGAAGGUGUAUAACCACAGCUACAUCUACAUGCCAGCCUUCUCAAUGAAGACGGGGACAGGACCCUCACUACGUGUCUAUUACACCCUGAAGGACUUCGGUGCGAAGCAGGCAGUCCUUUUCGCCAACCCCAAUUUCCUGCGGGACAUUGGCAAGUUCUGGAAGAGCAAAGGUAUCCAUGCCAAACGGCUUUCCACAGGACUUUUCCUAGUCAGUGCCGCCCUUGGCCUGUGUGAAGAAGUAACAAUUUAUGGCUUCUGGCCUUUCUCGGUGGACCUGCAUGGGAAGUUUAUUAGCCAUCAUUACUAUGACAAUGUCUUGCCUGAUUCUGGAUUCCACGCCAUGCCGGAGGAAUUUCUACAGCUCUGGUUUCUUCAUAAAAGUGGUGUACUGAGAAUGCAGCUAGAACCAUGUGAGGACCCUUUAAUCCAGUCUUCUGCCUGAGGAUUGUAGGAGUCUGUUUGGGAGAUCCAAUAUUUUUUAAUUUCAAUGCUCUACAACAGACUAUUCUGUUUUCUGUUGUUUCUUUUUAAAGGGAAAAUAAUUGCAGAUCUGCAUGGACCAUGAAAAUGUUACUUGAAGGCCAAAUGGAAUAUGUCCUUAAUGUAUAGUGCUUUAUGGAACUGGGGUGGGGGGAAGAGGAUCUCUCCACCAAGUCCGUUCAGCAGCAUUGUGAAUAUAAUGUCAGAAGCAGCACAGCUGAGCUUCCCGGGGGAUGUUUUUAAAUGACCAAUGUAAAAAGGGCAUUAAGGCUCAGAGAGACACAGGGCCACCCACAAGCUUUUACUGGCAGUGCCAAAUAUGACUGUCUGUUCAAAAAUCCGUUUCAUUCCAGAUCGGCACCACAUACAACUUUCCUUUUUCCUUUUUUUUCCUUUCCCUCUGUUUGGGUGUGUUUGUGUGUAGGCGAGCAUGUGUGUGUUGUUGACUUUGUUUGAUUCUUCCCUUUUCUAUCCCUCACCUGCCCCUUUCUUCUCCCCCCUGCCAUGGAAGAAAAGGAAAGGCUUAAAAGCCCCAAGAGCCAAGUACCAUCAGCUCCUCUGAAGACUCUUGGGAGAGUGAAGGGUGCUAAGAAUCUGGUUAGAAGAAUGUCUUAGGAAUGCCCUGCUACUGCGUAUGGAUGAACCUACCUGUUGCAGUUUUUAUCAGGGUAGUUUAAGUCAUUGCACUUAUAGAUAUGCUAAUGAUAUAUUGUGGGCAAGUGCUGGUUAAGGCAAAUUGGUCUGAAAAUAAAAAGUGUGAAAAUAAAAAGUGUGUUACAAAACCGGUAGUGAAGUGCAGCCUGGUUUCAGCUGACCUGCUGCAAGAUUUCAAAGAUUUCCACAGUGACUUUUGUAGUAGGGGUGGUUCCUGACCUGUUUUCCUGUCCAGCCUUAGGGAUUAAUUCUGCAUUCAUUUGGACUCCAGAUGUUCAUUGACUGUCAAGGGUAUUUGAGGUGUUCAGUGGAAUGCAGAAUGAGGUUCUUCAUUUGCUUCCAUGCAGAAAAACUGCAGAAAUGAAUGUAGGUGUUAUUUAAAAUGAGUUGAAGCUUUGAAAACCCUUUCUCUUUGUGUGACUAGCUCUUCUGCUUGGAUUGUAAUGUUAGCCUUAAAGAUUUGUACUUUUCUCACAAGAUUGUCUCUGGUUAAAGGUAGUCUGAAAAUAAAACAGCCUUUGGGAGCACUGAAAAGCUGCAUAGCCAGCAAGAAAAAGAGAAAACAUCAGGCCCUUACAUAAGGCAGCCUCUCUCCUUGCAGAGGGUGAAUUAUCUGAGUGUGUGCAUUGCACGCGCGCUGCUCCGGCCAGCGCAGUGCCUGAAGGACUGUUUUAUUUUGGGUUAUUACUUGGGUAGCAGAUGGUCCUAUCCCCAUGUAAAUGAGAAAUCUGUUUGUUUGCUUUGGUUUAGCACUGUAGGACAAGAAGAGAAUCCCAGCUCGGUCCACAGUGCAAUUUCAGCUGCAAGAUGUUACCACCGUUAACUAAAAAUCCAGAUCAAUGUUCACUUUCUUAUCCUUCUGUCAUUAGUAGCUGAAAUUCUAGUCAAAGUGUUGAAACAACAAAACUUUCAUCAGGUUUCCACAACAACUUCCUGUGCUGUUUUAGCUCCAAAGUGCUAGUGUUUUGGGCUAUGUGUCCUAUCAUGUGUUGACAACUCUUUGUAGAUUACCAGCUGCAAGUUAUAUAGAUAUAAUUAAAAAAAAGCAAAAAAAAGCAAAAUCCAUGGCUCUUCUUUAAAUAUGAAUAAUUCAACUUAUCUAUGUAAGACACUGGGUGAAAAAAUAUAAUAUUUUGCUUUUUAAACCUAUUUUUCAUAAUAAAAAUCUUCUUUCUAAGUAUGGAUAUUCCAAGCAUGAAAUGGGCACUGUUUCGUAGGUUUACAGGGCAGUGCUAAGCUGUAACAUGGAGAUUUGGAUUAAAUAAUGUUCUAGAUAUUGUUCUGAUAAAAUCCAAAUGUGCUUCUAUAACCUGUUUAUCUUUGAUAUUUUGGUUAAAAGUACAGUAAACAUGCUGAUGGAAUGUGACUUGUUAAUUUGUUCCCUUUGUUAUGCUUGUUUUACCUAUGAUGUGGGUACUAGGUGAGGAAGUAUUUGAAAGUAAAAUAUUUUCUUUGCUGCUUGUUAUGGCAGAAUUUUACUGAGCUGCCUUUCUUGGAGAAGAGGAGGUGCCUGUAUGGUUUUUAUCGUAUGCAUUGAGUUUUGUACUUUUUAGUGCUCUAGAAGUUAUAUUAUCUGUGAGAACAACAGUUGAAAUAUGAUGUGCCAAAACAUCACUUCAGCAGGAUGCCAGCAUUUCCUUGGAGGUGGGAGGGAAUGAGGAGAGUAAGGGGGAACUGCCUCUUUGCUGGUCAUUUUUUCAUAUUUUUACCAAUACUUGACUUUUUUCCAUGUCUUGGGAAAAUGAUUGGAUUAGAAGAACAAGAGAAAAACAUGUAUUUUUGUAGGAAAACUCUGUGAAGUGUUUCCUAGUGUCUGGCUUGUUCAUCUUCAGUUGGUGCCCUGGGUACGUGGAGAUGUUCCCCACCUCUGUAAGACUGGGGGAGACUGAACCUGUAGCCUGUGGUCUUUGUGGGUCCCUUCUGAUAUCUGCAGUCCUGAUGUUUGCAAGGAAAUAGCUUUCAAAAAAAUUACAGAGGUAGGAGAGACCGAGGAUAUGUGAUGUGUGACUGAUGUUGGAGAAAUUGGUACUUCCAGUUCUAUUCGGUUUUAUGUAUAGUGAAUAUAACUGCAUCUUACAGACAGCCACAUGUAAUGAGGAACUAAAAGCUUCAAGGAUAAAUAAUUUUCUAGAACUUCCAGAAAGCUGGCAGCCAAGGAGAGAAGAGAAACAAAAAUAAAGGCCUCUUUUGGGAGAGCAAAAUCUGGUCUAGCUGGCUGACUUGUCAGUCCAUGCAAACAGUGGCCAGCGACCAGCCCUUCGCCCCGCCAGUACGAAGGGAUGUAGGAGAGUAGUGUAAGUGUUUUGUGGCAAGAGCAGUCACAAAAAAAAAGGCAAAGCAGCUGGUAACGUGAGAGUGGCAGCUGCCUGACAGAAAUGUUGGAGUAAAUAUGCUCUGUCCGUGCUGCUGCUCGGCAUGUGGCUUGCCUUGUCUAAAUCUAGGGGCAGAAGGGGUGUCCAUAUGAAGGAUCAUUGAUGUGGAAUAGUGCAUUGCAUGCAAGGCACUGAAGCUGUAUCCUUCUUCAGGAGGAAAGUCACACCAGGGAGUAGGACCUUACUUCUGCUUAAAGACAGGCACAGGCAAAUCCAGGAGGCUAAAUCUUAAGUGUUAACCAUGAGAAAUCAGUAUCUUGCAGUCAUGGCAAACUUUGGUCAUAAUGAUUAUAUCCAUCCAGUAUUUAUCUACUGAUUGGUUUCCAGUCUAUUAAUUGCAGUGACCUUAAUCAAAUUUCAUUGCUUGUGUUGCUAUAUUUUCUUUGAAGUGAAUUGAAAUCUUAAUGUGUAUUUUGUUAGUGAAAUUCCCUACUCUAGUGUCUAUUUCCAGUGCCAGUCCCCACAUUUCUCUGAUAGUACAGCUAUAGCUGCACAAGUCUUUGCCAGUUUGAAAGGUACUGCAAUUCAUCUUCAAUAAAAACUAUUUCAGACUGGCCAAAUGAUUUCUUAAUGUUCCUAGUUAGUAAUUUUGUCAUAGAGGUGGCAAGGUACAAAAGCACUGGAAUAAUUGCUCUGCAUAGGAAGAAAGAUAUGCCCCACGUUUGUAAGUAGAAUAAGAGCUGUGCAUGGAAGAUAUUCAUACUGAAAUUGCUGUAGAUACACUAUUUUUGGGGGUGCGUAUGCUUUUGAUUAAAUCAAGACCAGUUUUUGAACUUGCACCAAAACUGUGUAAAACUUCUCCUUCCUGUUGAUUAUGAAGUCUUUGGAGCUCCUUCUAAAGCAGACAAGCAAAACAGAAGCCACCAAACUCAAAUCAUAGAGAAAGAGUGUGUAUGCUCAUGAAAAUAAAAACAUUUCUAAUUUUGGCACAGAUCUUGCUAUAAUCCUAAGGACUCUUAUUCAUGAAUGUUGUAUUUUUAUAUUUUUGUUGAAAUUAAGAUACCAAGUUUGGGGUUACCAGUUACGGAAGUCAAAGGUACAAGGCUUUUACAGCUUAACUUGUGUAGGAUAUAGAAAUAUUGGCAAUUUUUUUGACAUGACUACUUUCACCUUUUUGUUACCUUCAUAAAAAUGGUGUCAUAACAUACCCUGUUGAGUUCGCACCUGUGUGGGAGCUGAAACUAAGCAAAGCAUUUUCUUUUUUAAAGUGAAUGUCUGAACUAUGGUAGUUACGUAAAACUCUUCCUCCAUACAUCUUCAUGGAAACUGGUUUAUUAUCUGGCUCACACUCACCUGUAAUUAAUAAGGAGAACAGGAGUGAGGAAACUUCUGACCUAAAACUGAGGAUAAUGAAGGAGGUGAAUGUUAUCUCACCACUUGCUGCCUGCUUUGGUUCUUUUCUUCAGCUCAGUAGAUUAGUAAGCAUUGGAAGAAGUGCAGGUUAUAUGAAGGACAGGCAGUGCUUGAAGAGCUGGAUGAUGCUGGAAAAAAAGGAAGAUCAAAUCAGUGGUGUAACAGAUUGGAGUGUAGCAAUUCUUUAUAAAAAUCCCCAGUUCAAAACAACUGUAAGACAUUUUCAUCUGGUAGUGACUGUGAAAAAUGGACUACCUGUGAUGAACUACUGAUGGUUUUCUGCAAGAUGGCAGCAAAGCAAAAUGCUAUGAGGACAUGAAACUGAUUAAACAGAAAGGGAAAUACAAUUGAACAAAGAAUGAUGCUGAAGAAUCUAUCUUUCCUGUUUCUUCUGCCACUCUCCCCAAAACAAAUAUUUAAAAUUGACUGACUAGCUAUUAUCCUGAGUUGCCACCUCCUUCAUGAAAUGAAGGAUAAGGUGGGAUUUCCAUUAACUGAUACUUCCUAGUGAAUAAUAUUCAUCAGACCUUUUCCAGAAAUGCCUUUGCCCCAGCUCCAUGGCUCUUUGGGGGAUACUCUUUGGGCUGUAGCUGGCUUCUUGUGCUGUGACCUCUCUAAUGGGACCUCUCUAAUGCCAUGUAGUUCCAUCAGAUCUCCCUCUGGGAUCAUCUGGACUUACAUAUGUGUCUCAAGAUGAUGUCCUGAAGGAUUUCUGUUUUAUCCUUCCUGAUGACCGUUCACCUUGGGGUUAGAAGUGUGACUUAAAAAAUCAGCAAUAAAGUAGCUAAUAUACUUUGUCAUUUUGAACCAUCUUUUCUUUUAAGUGUUGAUAAAUCCAACAAGACUUAGCUCCAAAUCAAAAAUAUGACUUCAGUUAGGUGUUGGUAAUUCUAUCACUGGAGAAGAGAAAGGAUGGAAGAAGCUGCAUUUUUCAAAGCACUCGUUGCAAAAUGACUUCUGUUUCCUUGAAUUCCCAGAUUUUAUCACUUGGAAUCUAUCAGGUGUUUGACUUUUUGGUAGUUUUUGAGCAGAACAAUUAGUAAAAGUCUUUCUUAACUUUUCGUUAAAUAUUAGCAAACUCACUUUCCAAAAUGUAACACAAAAACUCAACAGGAGGCUUAACCUAUCCUCCUUAGCUGGUGUUUCUUUGGCAGCAAUGAGAACUUAAACAGCUACUUAUUCCUCCCUGAUUAUUCAUUUUCUUCAGUUUUUAUUACAGCAGAUUGAGGUCUAGUGUAUUCAGCCUCUUCAUAUUAAUGCAUAUACUUAAAAAUGGAUCUCACUCUGUCUUUUCAGCUGGAAAUAAAAAAAAAGAAGUGGUGUUAAUUGAAAAUGGUUGUGUGGGUUCUCUCUACAAUCAGGAGAGACAGGCACCUCCAGAUGGUGACUCGUGCUUUUACUGAACAUGGGCUACAUUCAGAGGCCUCCUCAGGACUGUGAAAACACUCCAGCUGUGUCUGUAAGGCUAAGCUGCUCAGGGCAGAAUAAAAGCUUAAGCUUUUUCCCUAGUGGUGUGUAGUUUGUUUGUGAGCGUACAGCUGUGGCUUUGUCAGGCACCCACCAAUGCUGCCCUAACCGGUGUUCAGGCUUUGAUGGGGUGGGGAAUGCUGCUCCUGGGUUGCAGAACAGGUCCUAAAUAAUGGCCCGUGGCAAAGUUAGCCUUUUUGUGCUUCACAGUCAAGAGUGCUGGGCCUACUGAAAAUGAUGGCAGUUCAUCCCUCUGGAGACCAGCCUGCUGCUUGCCUUGGAACACUUUAGAUCCCUGGCAAAUCUCAGAAGAGCUUAUUAAACCUGCAUUUUAGAAUCAUCUGAAUAGUCCCUGCUGCUAUUGAGUUGGCCAGCUUUUUGUUGAGCUGAGUAUUUAUCUUUUUGGGUCUCUCUAAGGCAAAUGAGUAUUUGGCACUCAGACCACCUGGAAUUUACUCUAUUAUUUGGUUUCUUUACCUUCCAUGUUAAAUCUUUUGGGUUUUAGACUGCAUUGAACUACUGUGAAUGAGUCCAAAAUGCAUAUAAGAAAGCAACACCACAAGUAAUUUUUCUCAGGGUUUAUGAACAAGCUGCUGUUCAAUAAAACACUAAAGUACCUUUUUAAUAGGUCCUGUUGAUUUCUAAUUGUCUAUUCAAUGAAAUGUUUUGCUCAGAUGGGGCCUAUAGCAAAGAUGAGUUGCAUCAUUUUCUGUUUAUUGGAAGGGAGCAAUUACAGAUACAUAACAUACGUUAAGUUAAAUUCUUACCAAGAAGUUAGAGAAUCUACAUACUCUACAAGAAGCUUUUUUGUUGUAUGAUUACUGUGGUAAUAAAGGAAACAUUUUCACUGAAAAUAGAUGCACAGAGGAAAAUAGAUUUUGAUUAGAACAGCAUAAUGUGGAAUACUGAGACCCACAUGCAAGUCCCUGCUUGGAUGUAUUCAACCAGGAUCUCAGUGUGGUGGAGAGUGUCAUAAUAGCAACUUUUUCUUCUCUGCAUGUAUUAAUUUUUGUAGGAAAUGCUUGAACGCUUUUUUAUAAUCCCUACAUGUGCUGAAAAUAAACACUCCUUUUUUUCAGGAGCACAAGUUUUCUUUUUGGGUACCCAUAGCUUUUUGUAUGCAGAGCAGAACUGACAGAAGAUGCCUGGUUUUCAGGAGAACACUGUUUUGGAGCAGUCUGGCAGGGCUUCUGCAAACAUGAGAGUUGAUUGCUGCCUCUUGAGCUGUAGAGUUUCAGCAGAUGAUACAGAGUGUGCUGCACUGCCAAUAAAAAGAAGUUAUUUUAGCUGCAGCUCUACCUGCUUGAUGUCUCCCAUAUGCUGGCAUUUCUUAGUCGUGUGAGGGCUCUUCAAGAUCAUAUAUUAAAAAAUUAUAAGGGACUGGACUUUGAAUGUACUAAAACUGAAAUGAGCAUUGAAAUGGCUGGAGAUAAGUCCUUUAGUGUAUCAUUCGGUCAUGCUGCAUGCCUGUUAUAAAACAGACCUGUCUGUAGCUGAAAGCCUAUCUGAGUAUGAGGCUUGUAUAUAUGAGGAGGUCACUGGAAGGUGAAUGCCUGGUGCUGCAUAGGGCAAGGACUUCCAAAAAACACUGUAGUUUUAUUUGUGUCAAUAAUGAAAUCCCUAUUGAGCCAAUAAUGGGUUAGGUCAGCAGUCAGUGCUCUUGAAACUCCUGCCCCAUAAGCAUUUCCAAGAAUUGUUCUAUGCACAGGCAGAAACAGUAGGUUUUUUUCUUUUGUGCUUGUUACCUUGCGUUGAAAAUGGAAUGAACUGUCAAUCAGAACUCUUAUGUACCCUUUUUAGAGGUCUCUGUAGACUACCUAAAUAAUAUAUAGGCACACAGUUAUAUAAACAACAUAGCUGAUAGCACAAAGUUUAUCGCUCAAACACUGAUUAGUAUCUUGAAGAAUUACUUUAAAAUCAUUUUGUGAAAAAAAAUUUGCACAAAUUUUACAUGUGAAAAAAGAUCCCAUUUUAUUCUUCUAAAAUACACUAAUUGAACAAACUCUAUAUUAGAGAUAUGUGUUUCCCCUGAUUUUUUUUAAGUUAUUCUGCCCUUCUAAAUCUGUAUUCAAGUCCAUAUGUCUGCAAAGCUUCCAAUUUUAGACUACUUCAUGUGUUGUCCUUAAAUAAAAAGAUUAAAUGUUAUACUCUAAAUGUGGUCAGAAAAAGAAAGAAAAACAAACUUCGGGCAGAGGUUUGGAUCUUCUAAAGUCUUACUGUUUAUGUACUGCCAUUUAGUUGUGGUUUCUAAAGAACUAGACAAAGAUCAGAAAGCAGAGAAAUAUGCAAGAUGACAAUCUUUGUUGUAAAGAUAAAGGGGUGCAAGCAUGCAUUUAGAUGCUUGGCUGAAUUGGGACCUAAAGUUAGUAACAGAUGUUAGGUCUUUAUUCUUUUGCUGCUUCUUCCCUCGGUUCUUGUUGUACUGGGGCGAAAUCUGCUGUGUUCGCAAGUUGAAAAUCUCUGCACUACAGUGAACUUUCCUCUGGGCUCUAAACCUAAAAACAUAACAGAGAGACAUAAACCAUUUCAGGUUCAGUGCAAGCAAGCUUGUAGGCAGUAUUUCACAUCUUGCUAUAUUAACUAUAUUAACUCAGAAUUAAAAUUAAGGUUUCUUAUUUCUGAAACCACUUACCCCAGACUGUUUGAAAUGUUUCUUCCUGCAGUGAUAUCUCUAUUGGCUGAAUGGAGACCAAAUUUAGCUUAGAUGUUUUGGGAGUUAGUUAACUCAUGCUUGGGAAGUAAAGUGAAAAAAAUAAAAAAACCACAACAGUUUAUAAAAUUUAAAGAUUUAUCUGUUUUCCACAGUGAAAACAAAUGAACGAACAAACCUGUUUAUCUGACUGAAUUUAUGCUUCUGUGUUAAAAUCCGCCCUCAUUGUUAGUAAGUACCAUAAGGAUAUUACCUUCAGAUAACACAGAUUGUAGGAAAGUGAAAAGCCAUGCGUUUUAAUGAGAAAACAAGGUUUUCUUCCCUCUGCCCUGCCCUUCAAUUUAUAAGCCAAUUUCUCUGCUCUCUUUUACUGUACUGACUCCUGUCAUAUCAAUAGAAUUGCCUAGAUUCUAACCAGCUGUCUGUUCUCAGACCUGAGGGAAUUCAUCCAAUGAAAAUUUUGAAUGAAGAUAUUUCAAAGCAAUGCCAGAUUUGCUACCUGUUCUGUAAGCUACUGAUUUUUUUUUUCUCCCACAAGUGUAGGUCAAGAGUUAUUUAUGCUAUUGGUUGCUUUUGUAAGGCAGAUAUCUUACUGCAUUUCAAAUAUCUGCUGCGCUAAGGUGUCACAAUCUGAAAUCAAAUAAUGCUCUAAGUCAUGUCCUUGUUUCGGCAAGUUGCAUAGAAGUGAUGCAUGCACUGCGCUGUCGAGUAUAUUGUAUGAGCCACCUGAAAAUGAAAAAAGGGAUUUUUCUAUGGUGUGCAGCCUCACCAUUGACUGACUGUAUCUGGGAAUUAGAUAUCUUGAAGUAAUUUAUUGUCCAUGAUGGAUGUGAUGCCUACUAAUAUUUCCGUUCAUUGUCAAAUAAUUUUGUUAGACUUUAUUGAUGUAAUGAUAUGAUCUUUCCCCCUGCCAUUUGACUGCAAUUUUUCUUUUCUGAUAUAGUUUUUGCAAGGAAGAAAUCUUUCCCUAUUCUCUCUUUUUCAAUUUUUUUUUUUUUUUUUUUAAUCACAAUUUAUAUCCAAGGCUCCAUUCUAUUCUCGGAUGCUGGUUGUCUUAAAAAUGUUAGUCUUCUUUUUUUUUUCUUGUGUUGUGCACAGUAUCUUCUUUUCAUAACACUAUGUACGAUGAUCAGCAAUGAAGUCAAUGCAGACAAAUUAUCUUCCUCUUAACCAUUGAAGGUCCAAAAAUUCCUCUGGCUUUCAUAAAACCCAGUCUGACUCUAAGUAUCCUUGGGUUUUAGCCUAAAUUGCAUGCAGUAAAACCUUGAAUCUGCAAAAUCUUAGUGCACUCAUAGUAAAUCUAGUUGUCCUUUUGGUUUUGGUAUAUGUAUUUUUUCAAUUGACCUUACUAUUUUUCAUCUUUUCUUUUGUUUGCAUGUCAGUGAAAAUCUCUCAGAUUCUCAUCCAAUACCUAAAUUAUUACUACGUGUAAUGUACGGCAAUUACACUGAGGAAGGUUUCUCUACCACUGAAGAGUUCACUAGUAGUCUACGUUUUAAAUUAAGGAGGUUUUACUCCUCUUAUGGAGGAUGAACUGUUUGGGUGAGAAAGCGAGGCAUUAAAAAACACUGCCUGGAUACUGCUGAAUACCUGUACUGGGGGUGGAGGCCAGCCCCUGUCUCCUGAACCUCUUGGGGCUUUGGGAGAUGCUACAUGUUGCUACUGGGUCUGUACCUUGUGCGGAGCAGUGAGGUAAGGCUGGUAUAGGGGUUUGGGGUCCUGGGGCUGCUGGGUGUUCACAGUCCAGCCAGGCAAGAGGAGAGCCAGGGAGGCAGUGAAAGGUGAUAUGAGCCCUGGGAUAAAAUGUGCAGCAUGGUCCCAGCCUUUGCUUGGUGGGGGCUCAGCAGGAACCACUGUCAUCUGUUUCCUGCUACAUUCUCCCUCCCUGGGACGUGGCAUGGGGUGCCUGGACCCUGCUGGAAAGGGAAGUUUCGAGUCUGAAAAGCAGUCUCCCAGCUGGAAACUCAUGGAGCUUGAUUAUGCCAUUCCCUGCCCUGCCUUUCCCGUUCCUCAGAAGCUCAUCAGCAGAGCUAGGUGCUGGGAGCUCCCCUCGACCGAGUGGCUCCGCACUGCCGUCUCCUAGUGCUGCAGUGGAGCUGAGACCUUUGCUGAGCAAUAACCCAGCAGGUGUCUGGGCCCUCUUGAAAGCAGAAGAAUCUUCAAGUGCAACAGCUAUAAUAAUCGAAUAGCAACAAGGUUCUUUUUCCUUUGCUGUGGAAGGGAAGACAGUGCAAAGCGUUUUCAUGCCAUGCUUUAGUCACUUAUGGGUCAAGAGCAAGAAGUUUGAAUGUGCAAACAGUUUGCUGUAAAUUCUGAUUUUUCACCCUGAGCAUAGGAUAGAAAUGUCUCCUAUUUUUAUUUAGAAAACUAGAUUUUUUCUUUCUUUUUUUUUUUUUUCUUUUUUAAGAUGUAUUUAAGGACAAUUAUGAGUAUCUAAGUUAGCAACUGAAAUCUUGUAGAGUCAUUUUCAUUUUCUCCAGCUCUGGCAGUUCAAGGUGACACAUCAAUCCUGCUUUUGAUGUGGAAGUCCCUUAGGGACUUCUAAACCUUUCUGUUUCUUACGCAUUCUGGACACCUUGCUUUAACGUGUGUCCAUGCUGGUUGCAUGUAGCUAUUUCUGAAAGCUCAAGAGGAAAGCAAACAAAUAAAGAUAUGAAGGAAAUUAAAGGUGCCUCGCUGUGAUAUUUUUAUAGAGUGGUGUGUUGCUUUGAUAAUGAAAUGUAGCAUGUGGAUGAUGAUGAAUGUAAAAGACUGCAUGUGUUUUUAUUUGAAUGUCGUGUCCAUGAGCUGGAUUAUUAGUAUGAGCUCUCUAGUGUAAAAAUACUGAAAAGAGAAGUGAAAUGGGAAGAAGAUAUUUCUAGUAGUUUUUGCAGUUACCCACAUCCUCUUUCAUCUCUCUCCCUUUUCAUGACCAUACUCAGAUUCUGGUAAUGUAAGCUUUACCGUCAGGAUGGUAAUAAACAAACUGCUCUCUUCCUAAAGCUAAAUAGGCUUCCUUCCAGCAUUGUAAGGGAAAAUGUAUUUGAAUUUCCAGCAGAUCAGACUUCUUCCCAGGUGUGGCCUCAUAGGGCUGGACUGGCUGGAAAGAUAAGGAAUUUUGAGGUUGACUGGAAUAGAAAUGGGCCAGACAAAGGUUUUUCAGAAAUAUUAAUUUUGUAUUUACCUAAGAUAUUCAUGAGAAGUCAGUGAUUUCAGUAGGGACAUGUGUUCCCUUAUCCCCAAGUUACAAUGACCCUGAAAUACCUGCCUAGCACCAGGGGACCAGGGAACCCACAGCUGGCUUUUCACUGGGGUUAUACCUCCUCCCUGGUGUUUUGCUUUUUGAAGGCAAGGAGCCUGGGAAGCAUUGCUCAAAGGACCAUGACUGGCUUCUGCUUGCUUCCACCUGUAGCAGCAGGGUCCCUGGUCUCACCUGCUCUGUCAUACCAUCUAUCUGCACAUUUCAGACCUCCUACUUUGUAGCUGACCCUGUCUGCAAGGCUGGCUAUGAGACAGGGAAAGCCUUCCUCCUCAAGUGACGCUUGAAUCAAUGGUGAAACAUACCAAACUAUAAACUCAUGUUUGGAAGAAGCUCAGUGUUUGGCUAGAACAAGCUGACUUGGGAUCAGUCUGUGGUUUAUAGUAAUGCUGAUAUACAAUAGCCCAGGCAGGACAGACACAAGGUGUCUCCUGUCUCUUUAGGGACUGGGCAUAAUUGCCAUUUUUGCUCUCUCGCACAGUAUUUCCAAAGGAGUAAUGUGAUGUGGGACCACGUCAGUGUUUGCUGGUGAAUUUUGCCCUUGUGUAAUUCUAGUACUUUGAUUUGCAUUCCUUCUUAUCUUGCCCAGUUUAUUGAAAAACGUGAUGGUAAUGUGGUAGUUCAAUGUCUUGAGAUGGUUUUAAAGUAGAUAAGCAAACCAUUAUGCCUCUGAGAUUGCAUAAUUCUAUGGAUUUGUCUUACCUUCAGUGACAGGCAUGUAAUAUUUAUUGUAUCAUUUAUGAUGUGUGUAAGCUUUACAGGCUGGAUGUUGUGUCAAAACGACGUGAGCACUUGGGUAAACAUCUUGAAUCACCAUCAUUUUGGCACGCUCAGGGGCAGAGGUACUUGCGUGGAGUGUGUUAAACAUCACAGUGUGUUGUUAUUUAGAGUCUUGUGAUUAGGGCUUUUAUCUAAUUCUCUCCAAUGUAGCAAAUGUUUGCUGUCGGCUAACACUGUUAUAAGGACUAAGGGUUUAUCUUUCUUUGCCCGGCAAUAAUGUAUUUUCUAUUAUGUCAGUAGAAUUUCUUCAUUUUCAAGUAGUGUGCAGUGGUCCUCUGAAGAAUGUCUCUUUUCAGGUGGUUUCAUGGUGACUGUAUCCCCAAAUGUCUAGAUAUCUCUCAAUAGCGAAAAUUGCUUUGUUACUGAAUGUAUUAUUUGUUAAUGAUGUCUUUUUCCAGUUGCAUUUUACAAAAUAUGCCACAAGCAUCUCAUGUGAUUUUUAUAAGGAGACUAUUAUUUAUAAUAUUCUUGCAAGUGGACAGAAACAAAUUGCAAUUUUAUAGUAGCCCAUGUCUUUUUUCAUAGCUGCAGGGUCUUAAUGAGCAUUAUCAGAAGGGACAGGCUCAUUGUUUUGUUUAAUUUUGGUGGAAUUUUUCAAAGGUAACUAUUAUGUUAUUUAUAAUUUGGAUUUAAUUAUCUUAACAAAUAAAUAUCUCCAUUUUAAGAAAUGAAAA